GUGCUGCACAAAGUGUCCUUUCUAUCCUCUUGUUUCGAAAGAUAUUCGCAAAUUAAUUUAUUGUUGGAGAAUUGACCGGAAGUACGACUAUUUAUCUUCCGGGUAAGUAACCGUCUCGAAAGUAUGGUUAUAUGCUAGCAACACAUUAACGCUAGACCGAAGCUAGUUAAAACGUUCCUAAAUUAGGAAGAAACACAAGGCCUGUCGUAGCGGAACUUUGCAGCCACUGGUGGCUGAUUUUACAGCGGGUUACAAAGAAACUCUUAGGGCAUAUCAUAACCAACCUAAAGCUAACGCUAGCUGCCCCCUGUCGACAGUCACGAUACACUCUACAACGUCCUGCUGAUGGUCCAGGAGCCAUGGAGGGUCCGUCCUCUCGUUUACCGCCCUCUCUUUUACCGGCCUCCCGAGACUGGCUGGUGGGCAGGAGAGACUCCGGUGGGGAUGCAGAGUCAGACCGGGACAUAAAAACACACUUUCGCGUCUGUCGCUUCAUUAUGGAGACAGGAGUGAAGCUGGGGAUGCGCUCGGUGCCCGUAGCCACAGCCUGCGUGUUGUACCACCGCUUCUGGGAACGUGCCAGCGUGCAUGCUUAUGAACCCUACCUGGUGGCCAUGAGCUGUGUGUACCUGGCUGGCAAAGUGGAGGAGCAGCACACCAGGACCCGUGACAUCCUCAACGUAAGCCAUAGGUAUUUCAACAGUGGCAGUGCUCCUCUAGAAUGUGACAAGGAGUUCUGGGAUUUGAGGGACAGCGUGGUGCAGUGUGAGCUCCUCAUCCUCCGACAGCUCAACUUCCAAGUCUCCUUUGAACACCCUCACAAGUAUUUACUCCACUACCUGUUGUCCGUGAAGUCACUCGUGAACCGCCACGCUUGGUCUCGAACUCCCAUUGCUGAGACUUCCUGGGCGUUGCUUAGAGACUGUUACCAUGGCGCCAUGUGCAUCCGCCACAUACCACAACACAUCGCCAUAGCAACGUUGCACCUGGCUCUAAACAGCUACGGAGUGGAGCUGCCUGUCGGGGAGAAGGAGUGGUGGCAGGUGCUGUGUGUGGACGUGACCAAAGCACACAUCGACGCUGUGGUCUCUGACCUCCUUCAACUCUACGACAUGGAGGCCAAGUGUGUCUGAGGGACACACCUACGAGACGCCCUCACUGGAGACGCAUGGGAGUUGUUGCAUCUGUUGCGUGUGAGUAGAAUGAGUAAAUGUGCGUAUGUCGUUCCCUGCAUGUCGGGGUUCAGGUUCGUUCGUGUACUCGUUUGUGUGAGAGAGAGGAGCACUCUGUAUUGCCCCAGUUAGUCUGUGAGCUGUGACAAAAAAACACACCCGCACUACUGCUUCCUGCCACUGUGGGGAGACAUUUCUUGCUUUCUGCUCUCUGAUCACCCAGCCCUGCUGUAUCCUGAUGUGCUCUGGAGUUUAUCAUCAACACCAGAAAUAUCUUCACACUCCUCAUAUAACAUGUUUUUACUACCAUGUCCACUGUAUAAUAUCCAAAGAUAUUAUUAUUAAAUCAAUAAUUCCAACAAAUCCAUGAAAAUGCAUGGGAAUGAUGACCGCAUGAGUGGCAUUGUCCUCACAGAUUUGCGGUGGGUCGUCAAAUAAAUGAGCAGAAUUUUUUUCCAUCCUCUUUUGUUCAACAUUUCUA